CAGUUUCUGCUGUACACUUUCCUUUCAUCCCGGUCACUCCUGCCCCGUCUUCUCCAGGAGAGCACUUCAGUAUUGGAAGGAGGGCCUUCCUUUGGAGCUCACGUUUGUUCCAGCACCCAGUAAUUUCUCAGAGGCUGCCCUCCAGACCGAUGCUCCCUCACAAGGCCAGGGGUGCUCCCAGAGGUCCUCUGGACAGUGAGUGUCCUGGAAGGCUGCCUCUGGCUAGGCUGGGCUGAAGGAUCCAGGCCAGUGUGGGGCCGCACCCUGCCUGAGAGCCGCCAGGAUCCACCGCCAUUCCCUACCUACUCCUUGUUGAGCCAGACAUCCAUUUGAAGCCUGGAGGGACAGGAAAAAGCAGGGGUCCCAGGUGAAGCUGAGCAACGAAGCCACAGUUCUGACCUGGGAAUCUGCCAGCAACAGAACUGCUGUGUCUCAGAAACAAGGCCUUCAGUAUCUGGAGUAGAAGAGUGUCAGGGCGUCCAGACCCAGCAAACUGGACGGUCCCUGGACCUAAAGGCUCCUCCGGCUUUGCGGGUCUCCUCCCUAUCCGGGUCUUGCCCGCCGCCAGCAGGUGGUCCCUCUGGGGGGCCACAUGCCUCCGCCCCGGGGGUGGGGGCUGGGGGUGUAUGAUCUUACAGCUUCCCCCAGGAAGGAACAGUGGGGGCGGAGCGGCUGCGAGGGCCCAGUUUAUAAGGAGAAGGAGGCGCACUUCCAAGCUCCGCCAGCCCACCAUGCACGCCCACCGCCUGCUGUUGUUCCUCGUGCACGCCGGGUGGGUCCUGCUCCAGGUUGGCGCCGCGGCGGCGACCCUACAUACGCGGGGGCAGCCCUCGUCGCCGUCACCUCUAGCGUAUAUGCUGAGCCUCUACCGCGACCCACUCCCCCGGGCGGACAUCAUCCGCAGCCUGCAGGCGCAAGAUGUGGAGGUGAAUGGACAGAACUGGACCUUUGCUUUUGAUUUCUCCUUCCUGAGUCAAGCAGAGGACCUGGUAUGGGCUGAGCUGCGGCUGCAGCUGUCCAGCACUGUGGACCAUCCCCCUGAGCUCCCACUGUCCAUUGAGAUUUUCCACCAGCUGAAAAUGGAUGCAGAGCAGGACCCAGCCAACUGCCUGGAGCAUCUUCAGAUGGACCUGUUCACUGUCUCUCCAUCCCAGGUUACCUUUUCCUUGGGAAGCAUGGUCCUGGAAGUGACCAAGCCACUCUCCAAGUGGCUAGAGCACCCUGGGGAGCUGGAAGAGCAGAUGUCCAGUCUGGCUGGAGACUGCCGGCAACGGCCUCCCACACCCCCUGUCACCAAUGUGCUCCUUGUGCUCUACUCCAAUCUGUCCCCAGAGCAGAGGCAGCUGAGCAGCUCCACCUUGCUGUGGGAAGCUGAGAGCUCCUGGCGGGCCCAAGAGGGACAGCUCUCUCAGGAGAGGGCCAGGAGGCUCCGUCGUCAUCACCUGCCAGACAGAAGCCAACUGUGUCGGAAGGUCAAGUUCCAGGUGGACUUCAACCUGAUUGGAUGGGGCUCCUGGAUCAUCUAUCCCAAACAGUACAAUGCCUAUCGUUGUGAGGGCGAAUGUCCAAACCCUGUCGGGGAGGAGUUCCAUCCAACCAACCAUGCAUACAUCCAGAGUCUGCUGAAACGAUACCAACCCCACCGAGUGCCUUCCACUUGCUGUGCCCCAGUGAAGACCAAGCCAUUGAGCAUGCUCUAUGUGGACAAUGGCAGAGUCCUUCUAGAGCAUCAUAAAGACAUGAUUGUGGAAGAAUGUGGAUGCCUUUGAAAAGAUCCUGGAGGGGUGCUGGAUUUGCCUGUACUCUGGAAGUUUGGGAAGCUCCUGGAAGACACAGUAACCAUCAAAUCCACUGAGGAGAAACAGAGGGAGAAAAGUUGCUCUGUCUACCAGAUCUGAGGAAGGGCUGCCCUCUCUGUAAAUGAAAACUGUGGAGUCUGACUAAACAGAGGCCACUGUCAGGAGAGGGAAGAGCAAGCCUGUGAAGUGGACUUGUUGGAUUUUUCUGUUUGCUGAAAAGAUAGUGGCAAGUAAAAGCACUAGUCUGAGUUCUUUACCUGAUUUUUUAAAUCUGGUGAACCCCAAAAAAUUGUAUGCAGAAGUUGGGGUAUAAUGCACAUUUAUUUUUAAAGUGGGACAAGGUUAUCUAUAACUUUUAUGUAUUCUCAAAAGUGGUCUUUGACCCCCACCCCUCAAGAUUAAGGAUAACUUAAAUUAUAAAUGGUCAGCAUAUAGUUUAUAAUUGCAUGAGGCUGGUUUAGAGGGGCCCCCACAUCCUUCUGGCUGGCCAGUGGCAAUCUGUUGGCCUUCUCCAGAGGCUCCUUGGAGUGAGUCUCUCCUAAUGAGUUGUACAAACAGCAAAACCAUUGUAAAGCCCUGAAAGGCCAGCUGGUGCCUUUGAAGGGAGAGGCGGGAAUUGGCCAAGAGAACUGGCCACGUUGGACUACAGAAGCUGCAGUGCUCAGCCAUCCCUGCGUCAGCCUGCUCUGGCAGACACAAUCUGAGUUUAUUAAAGUUGGUGACAGUUUGCUUCAGUCACUCAUUGAAUGCUAUUAAUGAGGCCCUAAGCUCCCUAACCAGCAGGGAUUGAAGGCCCUGCCCUGAUACUUGGGUAUGGUCACAGCUUAGCCACUGAGAAGUUGUAUGACCUCAGGUGAGUAAUUCCCUGCUCAGCCGCCUCCUCACAUAAAAGGGAAGUGGGUGAACCCUAAUGCAUUCCUGUUGAAUACCUGUUGGCAGGUGCAAAAGCCUGAGUUUUAAGCCAUAGAUUAUCCUCUGGGCCUCAUUCCUAUCCCCCUCUAAAGCUUAUGAAGCCUGUUAAACCCAGGUCCUGCCAGAACUCCAUUAUUUACCUUUUCAGCUCUUGUUGCUCAGGGUUCUAGGAUUGGCUUAAUUACAGGUUCCACAUGACGGCACAGCAAAGAGAACCCAAGCUUGUAGGAAGCUGCCACCAAGCUGAGCACAAGUCUUGGCCUUUUGAAUAAAAAGGCCCCAAAGGCAGCAAGCCUGCUCUCAGCUGACUUUGUUGAGCACUGACAAAACAGGCUAUUUCUUUUUGUUUGCCAGGGUGAGGUGGCGUUAUAUUAGGAAAAGUCCACAAUAGAUCUACCCCUGCUUUUCAAGAAGCCUGUUGACUUGAGCCCCUGCCUUAGGAAAAUGAUUCCAAUCAUGUGGGAAUCCCUACUGAGCUUAGACAAAACUCACCUGCAACCUUGGUUAAGUAAGGGCAGGCAGGGGUUGGAUAGGCUAGAGCCAGGCCAUGAGAAACCUCAGUGCCCUGAUUCAGCAGCAAAGCUGAUCCAGCUGCUCCUUUCCGGGAAUGGAAAUAGCCCUGCCCUAACCACAAUUCAGAAUCACAGUGGAUUCUGUAUCCAACCCUACUUAGAAAAUAGAGCUGGGGAGGCCUUGUGAGGUCAGCUUUUGUUCCAUCCUGUCAUAAAUGAGACCCCAGAGGCCUAGUGGCCUGACCACCCAGCUAGGUGUGGCAGGGUCAAGAGCUCAGCUCUGUUCUCAAACCACAGGGGCAUUGUCUUUAAUAGCAUCUAGAGGUUUUUGCUCCCCUAGCUUUGGGUCAAGGUCUUAGCCUUUGGAACCAAACAUUUGGACCCAAGCCCACACUACCAAACUGAAGGUCUUGGGAGUAAAUAUCCUGGUCCUGGAGAUGAAGAGCAUCUUUACUAAGUAGGUGCUCACUAGUUCUGUGGCCAGGGCCAGGAAAGCGAAAGGUCAAGCUAUUUGUGGCUACAGCUUGUGGGAGUGCUUACAGUUAGCAGCUUUACUGACUCAGAGUACAAACCUCACUGACAAGGCAUUGCCUUCUAGUAAGAUGCAGGCCCAAAGGAGGGAAAUUCCAUUUUGCUGACCCCUGCUGAACGCUCUGGUCAUUCUGCUGCUUGGCCAAGGGUAUUUGGGGCCAAGCCUAGCAACACAGGUCUGUGCUGUAGACACUGUGUUCUAGGAAAAGCGUUUAAGUCUGGGAAAAGCGUCGUAAGUCGGAGGAAAUACUGCCUCUGAGAACUGAGUCCUGCCCUAACCUGUGGGCCAGGAAGGGGCUUUUAUAGAAGUCAGUUAACUUCCUCUCAAGGUAAGGUCUGCUGCCAAGUCAGUAGCUGAGUGGAAAAACAUGGAUGCGUUACUUUCCCUGGAUGGGAAAGCGGUGGGCCUAGCAGUGGGUAGGAGUGGGAAAAAAAGGGAAGUCCAUGCAUGAGAGCAGCAGAAAUAUGGGAUAUACAAGAGAUGGAACAGCCUCUCAUAGCACUAGUUCAGGAUUUACCUCCACCUUGUAAAGCCUCCACUUUUAUUAGCAUUAA